GUAUCAGGAGUACGGGCCUUCAGUGGUUAAAGCGAACAGAUAUUCAUGUAAACGAACAGGUAAAAGUUUCAUUUACUUUUCCAUCCUCACUCCAGCUCGUUUUAUCCAGAGAUGGCUUCAUCUCCUGGAGCAGAGGACGAGGACAGGCUUCACAGUCCAGUCCUGCCCCCGAUUAAAGAGCCACAGCAGCGGGGAGAGUUGGAGCAGAUCACCGAGUUAAAGGAGGCGAUGACGAGGAGGAUAACAACUCAUAAAAAGCUGCAGAGGCAAAGAAGGAUUCAAGAGAUACAAAAGCAGCUCCACAUGACACUAGCAACAAGAGCAAUGGAAACUUACAGAAGAAGAAAAAAGAGGAGGGGAAUCCGUCAGUCACCAGAGCCACAGUUUCCUCCCUCUAUGCUCAGUGAGCAGCGGAAGCAGAGGAUGAACUUUGCCUUCCUGAAACAGUGUGUCGAGAGCCGCCCAAUCCCCCCAAUUCAGCAACAGUGGUUGGACUCCAUUGUCUCCCGUGUGCCACCAAAAUUGAAAGACAGUCCGGAGUCAAACAAAUUGCUGCAAGAGCUCUGCAGGGAGGUCAGCAGCAACUUCCACAGUGUUUUAGUCAAACACACAGUGAACACAGUUCUGAAGAAUCCAGAUGUGGAGAGUCCCAUGUCACAGACAACAACGCAACCAAAAAUUCUGGAUUUCUCCCAGUCUCGGCACGACAACUUUCUCAGAAGCCGCAGGCUGAUAAAAACAAAUUUGCACAUUCUUCACCCAGUAAUGCAAAUAGUUUUGGACACUGGCUCCAAGACAUUUUCCACACUGGUCCUUGUCAACCUUUCAGGAUGCAGAGCUUCAGGACCUGUGGACUGUAAGAGCCUACAGAACAAAAUAGCUGUGGAGUGUAACAGAACAGAAGAACGCAUCAUGAAUACCUGGUUCCCCAAAAUCAUCCACUUACUAACGAGUAAAGAAACGCUGAAAGGAGUUAAAGAGGAGAAACUGGACGCCUUCUAUAACUGUGCAUCCACACUCAUCUCUAAUCAGUUGAAAUCCAUGCUUCAGAUGAGCGUGGAGGAGUUUAUCAGUGUGUUUGCGCCGAGCCGUCAGCACUGCUUGCCCCUCUUCCGCAUGGCUUUGACUUUUGAUGAUGAAAAGAUGGAAAUUUACCCGACUUUACAAGAUCUGGAAACUGCUGUUUCUGAGAUUCUUGAUACCAUCACGCACACACUGCAGAGAGUACAGACGGUCCAGUCAUGGUUGACACAAUCCACAUCUUCAUUUGUCGAAGCCGGAGUGGCCGAUCACACACUUGCCUGGGCUCGGGCCACCUUGAAGACGGCUAUGAGCAGGAAUCUAGAGGAACCUGACAAACAUUUCCAGAGUUAUGUGUCCAACUACGACUGGCUUGUCAAUGGAGCUGCACAGGCUCAUGUAAACACAUUCAUGGAAGAAGAACACUCUUUUGAGGAGUACACUAAGCAAGUGGAAGACUUCCAUGCUUUGUCAAAGGAGAUUAUCAGCCUCCCAGGGAAAGUUCACUUCACAAUGGUCCAUCUGGACUGUGAGGAGCUAAAACAAGGGCUCGUCAACAAAGCCAGAGCCUACGCUGAAACGUUUCUGAAGAAAGUGCUCGUCAACCAUCGGGAGCAAAAUCUACAGAUCUGCUCUGAGUUUGAGACCAUCAGAGAGAAAGCUUUGAAAGUUCCAGAGGAUACGGAGGACCUGACUCAGAUGAUGGAUUACAUACUCUCCACCAAGACAGAGGGUAUUGCAGGACUGAAAGAAAAAAUACAGAAAUCCUGCUGCAGAACGUUGUACCUCAUGGACGUCCACAUCUUUGAACCAGAGGAUCUGAAGUUGAAUGCAACGGUCUUUCUCUGGCCAAAAAACAUUCUCCAUGUCUUUCAACUCAGUGAUGAGCUAAUGCAGAAGGCCAAGCAGAAAGGGGAGCAGGAGCUGCUUGCUAAAAGGCAAAGGUUGAUGGUACAACUGGAGAAGUUGGGACGCAGAACGGAGGAGUUCCAGCAUUGUUCUGAGCUGGAUAUGAUGCAGCAGUAUGUUUCAGACAUCAGAACAGUUCAGAAACUUCUCCUGGAGGUUGAGGAGGAAAUUGGCUUCAUUAACAAAGAAGAGACCUUCUACAAAUUGGACCUAACAUCUUACCCAGAAGUUGAAGUCAUCAAAGACAGUGUUGGACUUUACCAGAAGCUGUUUGGACUCAUACUGAAGUGGCAGCGCACAGAUAACAGAUGGAUGAACGGGCCCUUUCAGGACUUAGACGGGGAGAGCCUGGAGGCAAACCUGGAUGAGGUCUUUAGGGAGAUCUUCAAGAUGCUAAAGUUCUUCCAACAAAAACAGAACAAGGUAGACCAGGAGAUGGAGAAAAAUGCCACAAAGACUAACAAAGAUGAUCCAAGGAAACAAGAGAACCCUACAAUUGUUUUGUGCUCCACUGUCAUGGAGCAGAUCAAGGAGUUCAAGGACCAUGUCCCUCUGGUGUCCAUCUUGUGUAAUCCAGGCAUCCGAGCUCGCCACUGGGACCAGAUGUCAGAGAUAGUGGGGUAUGACCUCACUCCUGACUCUGGUACCACACUACGAAAAGUUCUCAAACAAAACCUGGCCCCGUACCUGGAGGAGUUUGAGUUGAUCAGUGCUGCUGCAAGUAAAGAGUUUUCCUUGGAGAAAGCAAUGCAAACCAUGGUGCAUGUUUUGGAUGGUAUCUCCUUCCACCACCAACCCUACAGAGAGACAGGUGUUUCCAUCCUGACUGCUGUGGAUGAGAUUCAGACGAUUCUAGAUGACCAGAUUGUGAAGACUCAGACGAUGAGGGGCUCGCCAUUCAUCAAACCCUUUGAGCAUGAGAUCAAGCAGUGGGAGGAGCGUCUGCUUCGUAUUCAGGAAGCCAUAGAUGAGUGGCUGAAGGUGCAGGCCCAGUGGCUUUACCUGGAGCCCAUCUUCUCUUCUCAGGACAUCAUGCAGCAGAUCCCGACGGAAGGACGACUUUUUCAAACUGUGGACAAAAACUGGAAAGAAAUCAUGAGGCACUGCGUCAAGGAUCCUAAGGUUCUGCCAGCGACUUCGCUGGCUGGUUUGCUAGAAAAACUGCAAGAUUCCAACCAUCUUCUGGAUAACAUCAUGAAAGGACUGAAUGCCUACCUGGAGGAGAAACGUCUCUUCUUUCCACGAUUUUUCUUCCUGUCCAACGAUGAGAUGCUGGAGAUUCUGUCAGAGACCAAGGACCCAUUGCGAGUGCAACCCCAUCUAAAGAAAUGCUUUGAGGGCAUUUCCAAACUAGACUUCUUACCUAAUCUGGAUAUCCAGGCCAUGUACAGCAGCGAAGGGGAGCGUGUUCCGUUAAUCCAGCAUAUUUCCACAUCUGAAGCCAAAGGAGCUGUGGAGAAGUGGUUGGUGCAGGUGGAGGAUGUGAUGCUUCGCAGUGUUAGAGAUGUGGUGGCUCGGUCCAGGGUGGCUUAUGCUGAAACUGCUCGCAGUCAGUGGGUGAAGGAUUGGCCUGGGCAGGUUGUUCUUUGCACCUCCCAGAUUUUUUGGACCAUGGAAGUGCAUGAGGCCAUCAGGGCAGGGGCUGAUGGUUUAAAGAAUUACCACCAGCAGCAGCGGAAUCAGCUGAAUGACGUUGUGGGGCUGGUGAGAGGAAAACUGCCCCAACAAACACGGAUCACUUUGGGAGCUCUGGUCACUAUCGAUGUCCAUGCCAGGGACGUGGUCAUGGAGCUCAUAGAGAAAGGUGUAUCACAUGACACCGACUUCCAGUGGCUAGCUCAGCUGCGUUAUUACUGGAUCAAUGACAAUGUUCGUGUUCGCAUCAUCAACUGCGAUGUGAAAUAUGCUUAUGAGUAUCUGGGAAACUCACCACGUCUGGUCAUCACACCGCUCACCGACAGAUGCUACAGAACUCUGAUUGGAGCUUUCUACCUGAAUUUGGGUGGUGCACCUGAGGGGCCAGCUGGAACAGGAAAGACUGAAACCACCAAAGAUCUGGCCAAAGCUUUAGCUGUGCAGUGUGUGGUCUUCAACUGUUCAGAUGGACUGGACUACAUCGCUAUGGGCAAAUUUUUCAAAGGUCUGGCUUCCUCCGGUGCAUGGGCAUGCUUUGAUGAGUUCAACCGUAUUGAGCUGGAGGUGCUGUCUGUCGUCGCUCAGCAGGUGCUGUGCAUACAACGGGCCACUGAGCAGAAGUUAGAGUACUUUGACUUUGAAGGGACGAUGCUCAAACUCAACCCCAACUGCUUCGUGUCCAUAACCAUGAACCCAGGUUAUGCCGGACGCUCGGAACUCCCAGACAAUCUCAAGGUGUUGUUCCGACCAGUGGCAAUGAUGGUCCCCAACUACGCACUAAUAGCAGAGAUCUCACUGUAUUCAUAUGGUUUCCUCAAUGCCAAGCCCUUGUCCGUGAAGAUCGUCAUGACCUACAGGCUCUGUUCUGAGCAGCUCUCCUCCCAGUUUCAUUAUGACUAUGGCAUGAGAGCCGUCAAAGCUGUUCUCGUGGCUGCAGGAAACCUCAAGCUGAAGUUUCCGGAUGAGAAUGAAGAUAUACUGAUCCUGAGGUCCAUCAAGGAUGUGAACGAGCCCAAGUUUCUCUCCCAUGAUAUUCCGUUAUUCAACGGCAUCACCAGCGAUUUGUUUCCAGGCAUCUCACUUCCUGAGGCUGACUAUCAGCUGUUUCUCAAGGCUGCUGCAGAAUGUUGUCAAAAACACACGGUGCAGCCAACAGACGUCUUCUUACAGAAGAUGGUUCAGACAUAUGAGAUGAUGAUAGUCAGACAUGGGUUUAUGCUGGUGGGAGAACCCUUUGCAGGAAAGACCAAAGUGCUACAUGUGCUAGCAGACACUCUGACUCUCAUGAAUGAGAGAGGGUAUGGUAAAGAGGAGAAAGUCAUCUUCAGGACACUCAACCCAAAGUCCAUCACCAUGGGACAGCUCUUUGGACAGUUUGACCAGGUUUCCCAUGAGUGGACAGAUGGGAUUGUGGCCAACACUUUUCGUGAAUUCGCAUCAUCUGAAACACCAGAACGCAAAUGGGUGGUGUUUGAUGGUCCUAUAGAUACGCUGUGGAUUGAGAGCAUGAACACCGUGCUGGAUGACAAUAAAAAGUUGUGCCUGAUGAGUGGGGAGAUCAUCCAGAUGUCCAACCAGAUGAGUCUCAUCUUUGAAGCAAUGGAUUUAUCACAGGCUUCUCCCGCCACAGUCAGUCGAUGUGGGAUGAUCUACAUGGAGCCGUCUCAGCUGGGCUGGGAACCCCUGGUCAUUUCCUGGAUGAACUCUCUUCCUGAUGUUCUUCAGAACCCGGACAACCGCUCACUGCUGCUCGAGCUCUUCCACUGGCUUCUGCCUCCUUCUCUCAGGAUGCUGCGAAAGCACUGCAGAGAAGUUGUUUCCACAAGCAACAGUAACACUGUGGUGUCCUUGUGUCGACUGUUUGAGAUGAUGGUAACUGAACCGUUGAAGAUGGACCCUGAGGAUAAAAGCAUCCGCACCUGGAUCAUGGCAGCGUUUGCCUUCUCCCUGGUUUGGUCUGUGGGAGGCAGCUGUGACGCAGACAGCAGAGAGAAAUUUAGUGAGUUUUUAAAAGUGACUGUUUCAGGAAGAACAGAAGACCACCCGGUCCCUGGUGUUGUGGGGAAAUGGGACUGUCCCAUGGACGAUAAAGGCCUGGUGUAUGACUAUUUUUAUGAGUUUAAAGGAAAAGGCCGCUGGGUUCAUUGGAACGACGCCAUAGGGAAUGUCAGCCUGGGAGACAAGAACACCAAAGUUCAAGACAUUAUUGUUCCCACCAUAGACACUGUCCGCUACACUUACCUGAUGGACCUCUGCAUCAGCUAUGGAGUACCUCUCCUGUUUGUUGGUCCCACUGGCACUGGGAAGUCAGUGUAUGUGAAAGAGAAACUGUUGAACAAUCUGGACAAAGAGAGAUAUUUACCCUUCUUUGUCAAUUUCUCAGCUCGCACUAGUGCGAACCAAACUCAGAAUAUCAUCAUGGCCAAGUUAGAUAAGAGAAAGAAGGGGAUGUUUGGUCCUCCCAUGGGGAAGAAGUGCGUCAUCUUUGUGGAUGACAUGAACAUGCCUGCACUGGAACAGUUUGGCGCGCAGCCUCCGGUGGAGCUUCUUCGUCAGUACAUCGAUCAUGGACACUGGUAUAAUCUGAAGGAUACCUCAAAGAUCACUCUGGUUGACCUGCAGCUCAUCUCAGCGAUGGGUCCCCCUGGUGGCGGGAGGAAUGCAGUGACGGCUCGAUUCCUGCGGCACUUCAAUAUUUUUUCCAUCAAUGCCUUCAGUGAUGACACCAUGGUUCGCAUCUUCUCUAACGUGGUGGCCUUCUAUCUCAGGAUCAAUGAAUUCCCACCUGAAUAUUUUGCUGUUGGCAACCAAAUAGUCACUGCUACCAUGGAAGUGUAUAAGAAAGCAAUGAAGAGCCUUCUUCCCACUCCUGCCAAGUCUCACUACACAUUCAACCUGCGGGACUUCUCGCGCGUUAUCCAAGGCUGCCUGCUGCUGAAGAGAGAAUCUCUGGAGAGCAGACGCACUAUGAUACGCUUGUUUGUCCACGAGGUCUUCCGUGUCUACUAUGACCGUCUGGUGGAUGACAAAGAUCGAGCCUGGCUGUACGAGCUGAUGAACAACAUCCUCAAAGAUCACUUCAAGGAAUCCUUUGAUCAGGUGUUUGAUCAUCUGAAAGAAGGGAGUAAACUGGUUGAGGAAGACAUGAGGAACCUUCUGUUUGGCGACUACAUGAAGCCUGACCUGGACGGUGAAGAGCGCCUAUAUGCUGAGGUGCUUUCAAUGGAAAGCUUUGCACAGGUGGUGGAGUCGUGUCUUGAGGAAUACAACCAGAUGCACAAGAAUCACAUGAACCUUGUCGUCUUCCGCUAUGUCCUGGAGCACCUAUCCCGUAUCAGCCGUGUGUUGAAGCAGCCAGGAGGCCAUGCCUUGCUUGUGGGAGUCGGUGGUAGUGGACGCCAGUCCAUCACCCGUCUGGCUGCAUCCAUGGCCCACAUGACCAUCUUCCAGCCCGAGAUCUCUAAGAGCUAUGGCAUGACUGAUUGGAGAGAUGAUCUCAAGAUGCUGCUGAAAAAUGCCGGGGUGAAAGGUCAGAAAAUGGUGUUCCUGCUAACUGACGCUCAAAUCAAAGAUGAGGCUUUUCUUGAGGAUGUGGACAGCGUCUUGAACACAGGAGAGGUGCCCAAUCUGUUUGCCUUAGAUGAGAAGCAAGAGAUUAUGGAGGCUGUGCGUCCAGUUGCCCAGGCUGGUAAUAAAAAUUUAGAGUUGAGUCCUCUGACACUCUUUGCCUUCUUCGUGGCGCGCUGUAAAGAGAACCUGCACAUUGUUGUGGCCUUCAGUCCCAUUGGAGAUGCCUUUCGAAAUCGCCUGCGCCAGUUUCCAUCCCUCAUCAAUUGCUGUACCAUUGACUGGUUUCAGCCUUGGCCAGAGGAGGCUCUUGAGCGAGUGGCCAAUACAUUCCUGGAGUCGCUGGACAUGAGUAAAAACGAGAGGCAGGAGGUCAUACCCAUCUGUAAAACAUUCCAUACUUCUGCCAAACAGCUCUCACAAAGAUUUCUCUCUGAGCUCGGUCGACAUAAUUAUGUGACGCCCACGUCGUACCUGGAGCUGAUCGCUGCUUUCCGUCAGCUGCUCACUCAGAAAAGAGACACGGUCAUGAAGGCAAAGCUGCGGUACAUUAACGGUCUAGACAAGCUGGCCUUCGCUGAAUCUCAGGUGGGUGAGAUGAAGAAGGAACUGGAAGAGCUGCAGCCCAAACUGGAGCAGGCGAAGAUAGACAACACAGAAAUGAUGAAGGUGAUUGAAGUGGAGUCUUUGGAGGUGGAAGCCAAAAGCAAAGUUGUGCGUGUCGAUGAGGAGGCUGCAACAAUAAAAGCUAAUGAGGCGAAGGCUUUGAAGGAUGACUGUGAGAGCAACUUGGCUGAGGCCAUUCCUGCUCUGGAAGCUGCUCUCUCUGCUUUGGACACUUUGAAGCCCUCUGAUAUCACCAUCGUGAAGUCAAUGAAGAAUCCGCCCUCUGGAGUGAAGCUGGUAAUGGCAGCUGUGUGUGUGAUGAAGGACAUAAAGCCAGAUAAGAUCGCUGACCCAGCUGGGACUGGAAAAAAGGUGUUUGACUUCUGGGGUCCAAGCAAGAAGCUGCUGGGAGACAUGAACUUCUUACGAGAUCUAAAAGAAUAUGACAAAGACAAUAUUCCUGUCCCUGUGAUGCAAAAAAUCCGUAGUGAGUACAUGACCAAUCCUGACUUUGACCCCAGCGUCGUAUCAAAGGCUUCCUCUGCAGCAGAGGGCCUGUGCAAGUGGAUUAAAGCAAUGGAGGAGUAUGACAGGGUGGCAAAGGUUGUGGCUCCUAAGAAAGCAAGUCUGGCAGAGGCCCAGGAGUCCCUGGCUACGACGAUGGCUCUGCUGGACCAAAAGAGAGCUGAGCUGAAGGAGGUUGAGGACCGCUUAGCUGCUCUUAAACAAACCUCUGAGGAGAAGAAAGAGGAGAAGGCUCAGUUGGAGCUCCAAGUGGACUCGUGUGCCAGGAAGCUGGAGAGAGCUGAGAAACUCAUUGGUGGUCUGGGUGGAGAGAAGACCAGAUGGUCUAAGGCAGCAGACGACCUGCAGAACACGUAUGACAACCUGACUGGAGACGUUCUCAUCUCCGCUGGUGUCAUCGCCUACCUUGGGGCUUUUACCGCUGGCUUCAGACAGGAAUGCACCAAGUCAUGGACCAAACUGUGCCAAUCCAAGAACAUCCCGUCAUCAGAUGACUUCUCACUCAGCAAAACCCUGGGAGACCUCAUUAAAAUCCGAGCGUGGAACAUCGCAGGCCUUCCCAGUGACUCUUUCUCCAUCGACAAUGGUGUCAUCGUCAGUAAUUCACGUAGAUGGCCCUUGAUGAUUGACCCUCAAGGCCAGGCCAACAAGUGGGUGAAGAACUCAGAGAAAGACAACAACCUGAGCAUUAUCAAGCUGACAGACGCUGAUUACAUGAGGACACUGGAAAACUGUGUCCAGUUUGGAACACCCUUGCUGCUGGAAAAUGUAGGGGAGGAGCUUGACCCUUCACUGGAACCACUGCUGCUUAAACAAACCUUCAAGCAAGGUGGCGUGGACUGCAUCAGGCUGGGGGAGAGUGUGAUUGAGUAUUCCAACGAGUUCCGUUUCUAUAUCACCACUAAGCUGAGGAAUCCCCACUACUUACCAGAACUGGCCACCAAGGUUUCCCUGCUGAACUUCAUGAUCACCCCAGAAGGCCUGGAGGACCAGCUGCUGGGGAUCGUGGUCGCCAAAGAGAGGCCAGAGCUGGAGGAAGAGAGAAAUGCACUUAUCCUGCAGUCGGCCGCCAAUAAGAGGCAGCUGAAGGAAAUUGAGGAUAAGAUCCUGGAGACACUGCAGUCUUCUGAGGGAAAUAUCCUGGAGGACGAGAGUGCCAUUCAGAUUCUGGACUCCGCUAAGAUCAUGUCCAAUGAGAUCACUAAAAAACAACAGAUUGCAGAGAAGACGGAGAAGGAGAUAGCAGAGUCCAGAGAGGGUUACAGAGCCAUAGCCAAACAUUCCUCUGUCCUGUUCUUCACCAUCGCUGAUCUCACCAAUAUAGACCCUAUGUACCAGUACUCUCUGAGCUGGUUUGUUAACCUCUACAUUAACUCUAUACAAGACAGCAUCAAGUCCAAGAUCCUGGAGAGGAGGCUUCAAAACCUGAUCGGUCACUUCACCUAUAACUUGUACUGCAACAUCUGUCGCUCUCUGUUUGAGAAAGACAAACUCCUCUUCUCCUUCCUCCUCUGCUGCAAUCUACUCCUAGCAAAGGGGGAGAUUGAAUAUGCCGACUUCAUGUUCUUGCUGACUGGAGGAGUGGGUCUGCAGAAGACAGUUUCUAACCCUGACUCCAGCUGGCUACAGGACAAGAGCUGGGAUGAGAUAUGUCGUGCCAGUGAACUGCCUGGCUUGCAAGGACUAAAAGAGUCUUUCAUCAAGAGUCCAGGAGACUUCAGGCCUAUUUAUGACAGCAAAGAGCCAUACAACACUCCUCUGCCCGCACCGUGGUGUGACCAACUCAAUGACCUGCUCAAAAUGAUCAUUGUUCGCUGUCUCAGGCCUGACAAGAUCAUGCCAGCGGUGACCAAAUAUGUGACUGGCAAACUGGGGAAGAAGUUUGUACAACCGCCUCCCUUUGACCUGAGUAAGAGUUACCAGGAUUCCAACUCCACCAUCCCUCUCGUGUUUGUGCUGUCUCCAGGAGCCGAUCCCAUGGCCAGUUUAUUGAAGUUUGCCAAUGACAAGGGCAUGGGUGGUGCCAAGUUCCAGUCCAUCUCUCUGGGUCAGGGUCAGGGACCCAUCGCAGCCAAAAUGAUAUCUACGGCCAUGCAGGAUGGUACGUGGGUGUGUUUGCAGAACUGCCACCUGGCCGUUUCCUGGAUGUCCACUCUAGAAAAAAUCUGUGAGGACUUCAGUCCAGGAACAUGCCACCCCGACUUCCGCCUGUGGCUCACGAGCUACCCUUCACCCAUGUUUCCAGUGACAAUCCUGCAGAAUGGGGUGAAAAUGACAAAUGAGCCUCCGACAGGACUCAGACUCAACCUUCUUCAGUCUUACUUGUCAGAUCCAGUCUCUGACUCAAAGUUCUUCAAUAACUGCCCCAAAAAGGAGCUGAUUUGGGAGAAGCUCCUGUACGGCCUGUGCGUCUUCCAUGCUCUUGUUCAGGAGAGAAAGAAGUUUGGUCCGCUGGGCUGGAACGUUCCCUACGGCUUCAAUGAGUCUGACCUGCACAUAAGCAUCAGGCAGCUCCAGCUGUUUGUGAAUGAAUAUGAUGAGGUUCCCUUCGAGGCCAUUACGUACCUGACAGGGGAGUGUAACUAUGGCGGCCGUGUGACCGACGACUGGGACAGACGGCUCUUGAUGACCAUGUUGGCAGAUUUCUACACAAAGGAUCUGAUUGAAAAACACUGCUACCUCUUCUCACCUAGUGGUGAAUACUAUGCUCCACCUAAAUCUUCCUAUGAGGACUAUAUUGAAUUUAUCAAGAAACUUCCAUUCAUCCAGCAUCCAGAGGUCUUUGGGAUGCAUGAAAAUGUGGACAUUUCCAAAGAUCUGCAGCAGACAAAGCUGCUGUUUGAUUCACUGCUACUCACACAGGGUGGUGGCGCUAAGGGAGGGGUCAGCUCUGGGAGCGACAACACACUCUAUGACAUAGCAAAUGGCAUCCUUACUAAGCUUCCAGAGAAUUUUGACACAGAAGCUGCUCUCCUGAAGUAUCCAGUGCUCUACGAGGAGAGUAUGAACACGGUGCUCGUCCAAGAGAUGGAGCGCUACAACACGCUGUGCAGUUUGAUCCGUGUGAGUCUGCAGAACCUGUUGAAGGCCAUUAAGGGUUUGGUGGUGAUGGAUGCAGAGCUGGAGGCCGUCGCAAACAGUCUGAUGGUGGGCAAAGUCCCAGAGAAGUGGGCGAAGCGUUCUUACCCCAGCCUCAAACCGCUGGGCAGCUACAUCACUGACUUCCUCUCUAGACUGAAGUUUUUGCAGGAUUGGUAUGACACGUGUACGCCCAACGUGUUCUGGCUGUCUGGCUUCUUCUUCACCCAAGCCUUUCUCACUGGGGCCAUGCAGAACUAUGCCAGGAAAUACCACGUCCCCAUUGACCUGCUCAGUUUUGAUUUCGAGGUUCUUCCUAUUGAGCAGUCCGACACAUCACCUGAGGACGGUGUUUACAUCAAUGGAUUGUUUCUGGAUGGAGCUCGCUGGGACAAAGAGAGUGGAGUUCUGGCUGACCAGCAUCCCAAAGUCCUGUUUGAUACGAUGCCUAUCAUGUGGAUCAAACCAACGAAAAAGAAGAGCAGUGAUCAGCUUCAGAAAAUGUACAUUAGCCCUCUUUACAAGACCAGUGAGAGGAGGGGAACCCUGUCAACCACAGGACACUCCACCAAUUUUGUCAUCUCCAUGAUGCUGCCCACCAGCAGGGCCCCUCAGCACUGGAUCAAGCGUGGUGUGGCCAUGCUCUGCCAGCUCGAUGACUGAAAUUAGACUCACUCAUAAGGACUGAAGCGGUUUCCCAUGGGACAUAGAACAAACACGGUGAUGCCUUUUUGAUUCCUUACUAUGCAGAAGUUAAACUUAAUCUCUGUUUCUAACCAGCAAAGAGAGCACCAAUGUAUAUAGUUAUGUAAUGGUAAAUCAUAUUCACAAUGUAAAUGAUAAUAAAAUUCACAUGGAAGUACA